AUGAAUAGUCUGGAAGGAGCGCGAGUAGCUCUGCUGGCAUGCGGUUGUUACAAUCCGCCAACAAUUAUGCACCUUAGAAUGUUCGAAAGUGCUCGUGAUUUUUUGGAAGUUCGCUACGGGUGCGAAGUGGUUGAAGGAAUUCUGAGUCCUGUUGCUGAUUAUUUUGGCAAACCUGACCUGUUACCUGCAAUACAUAGGCAAGUAAUAUCUUCUCAGUAUAAAAUGUCAGAAUUAGCAGUAAAAAGUUCAACUUGGAUUCGAGCUGACCAGUGGGAGUGCACUCAACAACAGUGGACUAAAACACUUUUGGUUUUGUUACACUUCAAACAGGUGUUAGCCCGGAAAUAUAAUAAUGACACACGGUUGCGUUUGAUGUUGUUAUGCGGUGGUGAUGUUGUGGAUUCAUUCAAACGAUUGACAGCUGAGGGAGGUUAUCUGUGGGAUCCCCAAGAUGUUGGUGCAAUUAUACGAGAUUUCGGUUUGGUAGUAAUGGCGAGGCAAAAUUCAGAACCAAUGAAAACUUUAAGUCAACUUGGCUAUAACGGUCAAUCACUAGCAAACGUAUUUGUGUUCGAAGAUACUGUUUUACCUAAUGAUAUAAGUUCUACGCGUUUACGAGCUGCGAUUCGACGUGGGGAAUCGAUCAAGUAUUGCACGAUGGAUUCAGUUGUAGAUUACAUUAGAAAACAUCAGCUUUAUCGUGUUAAGAAUAAUCAAGCCGGAAACUCCUUACCUUUUCGCGUUAAGCGAGCAGAUGUUGACUGUUUGAAAAAUAAUUGGGGUUUUUCAGAUUUGCAAACUUGGUUGAUACGAAAACAAGGCGUUCCUAUAGCUGAAGUGAUGGUUAGUUAUCAGAUUGCGGAGUAA